AUGCCUAAGUUCUCACGUUUCUACUCUGAGACCGAGGCAGAUGCAACUGCCAACAUUAGUCGGCUCUUUCCUCAACAGACCGAUUGCGCGCCGCAGUUCAGUAGCGAUGAUGCAGAGCAACUGGAUAGCAUCCUCAAUGGCACCACAACGUCCACAUCUCGCCCACGCAACAACGCCAAUCAGCCACUAUUUCGCCCCAAGCUACCUGUACAGUUCGUUGAGCAGGUUUUGAACGCUUCUGUCUUCAGUGUUUCCCAUGAAACGGUCCAUCGCGACAAGGCUGUGCGCUAUGCGAGCUCCUCCGAGGACUCAGUAGAGUGGAAGAUCAGAAGCCGGUCCCCCAGCUCAGAAGAGGCAUCACCGCGAAAGUACGGCAUCUCCUCACCGACCUUGAGUUUCAAGGCAGAGGCCUCAAGUACUAGUGACGGUUCUUCAGAUGACGGUCUGGCGCAUGUAAAAGAGCCCACACAGGAAAAGCAAAUUUACAACUGGGGAUUAUACCCUGACUACCAUGCCAUCUAUCCGCAGGACGUGCUGCAGAGCAUGGACACGCAAUUCUCCAAAUGGUCGUAUGACCACAACGAGGGCACUGCAGCCAUCCCGUUCGUUAUGGCACAAGCUCCAGCAGAGACGCACGAAAGACUGGUGGAGGUUGACAGGAAACUUUGGGUCAAUGGUACUGAAGACGCUGUUGGAGAUUCUGCGGAUAGCCAAGACACGGCCAGAGCGAUGCUCGAACGCGUCCAGAAGGAGGGCCUUAAGCGCUCAUCUAAGGUCGACGGAGCGGCAAAGGUUGGUAGCUCAAGAAAGAUCGACUCUACUCGCAGGGACGAGUCUACAUCGAAGCGCGCGGCACUCAUCGCCAAGAGCAAGGCUGCGAAAGAGAGCUCGCUUGUCGUGAGUAAGUCUGUCGGCCAGAGGCGCUCCGCAAUGCAAAAGAACAAGAACCGCAGGUCGAUCAUGCCAUCGCCACCGCCUACAGCGAGAAAGCCAGAGCCAGUGCGGAAGCCAGAGCUGCAGACUGAGCAGUCGAGACCCACGAUCCUUAUUGUGAACCAGAAGGAGGGCGAUCAACGGCGCGAUGUCGACUCUGCUCUACAGAACCGACGUCUCGACCUCGAUAACAGACAACAGUUGGAAGCGCUGAUGGAGCAAUUAGGGAAGAGGGUGUCAGACAAGAACGAGAGCAAUGAAGGACGCGUGAUUGGGGAGGUUCGAGAAGCCGAAUUAAACGGAGACGGAGCUGAGCAGGUUGGUAGAUUGAAGGGAAAGGCGAGGAAGAAAGCAAAGAGCGGCGCUGCGCGAUAAAUUCACGAAGAGCCCUAAAUAGCUGUUGUGCUUGGAUCCUAAGCGCCACUAUUGCAACACAUAUUUUCAGCAUGACGCGAUGCAGACCUCAAUGUAUAAGCGAUACGCGUAUUGAAUCUGUCAUGCAUCUUCCUGCAACUUUGCCUUGUCGCGAUGAAGGUUGAGUGAAGCCUUUGCGAGAGCUCAGUGUCCAAAGCCGACCCGGCUCUGCCCUUGUUAGCCGGCGCACGAGCGGCACAACGAGCGGGAACCGUCGGAGAACUGCGCGCGAUGCAUUUUUCGCACGCAAUUGAGCGAUGUAAAU